GGAAGUAGCUUGCUCCUCCGCUGUCGGAGCCUGGGGGUAAUGGCCACGGGAACAGACCAGGUGGUGGGACUCGGCCUCGUCGCUGUUAGCCUGCUCAUCUUCACCUACUACACCGUCUGGGUGAUUCUCUUGCCAUUCAUCGACAGCCAACAUGUCAUCCACAAGUAUUUCCUGCCCAGAGCCUAUGCUGUCGCCAUCCCAUUGGCCGUGGGCCUCCUGCUGCUCCUGUUUGUAGGAGUGUUCAUCACGUGCGUGAUGUUGAAGAACCAGAAGGUGGCCAAGAAGGCUCAAUGAAGACCCAGCAGGGGAUAAGGCUGUCAGUCCCUUCUCUGCUUCCCUCCAGGGCAGGGACCAAGUGUGGGACUCAAUAGGACUGGUCCAUACACUGAAGCCCCUCAAGCCUGGCUGCCCUGCAGUCAUGCCCAUGGGAUGGAGCUGUUCAGGACUCACCCCUGACCGACCAGAGCCCCUGCGCCUCCCCUGCUCACCCUUCCAGAAGUCAGGAGUGGGGGGUACCUAGAAGUCUCCUUCUCACCUACUCCUAGCCCAGGACCUGAAAGAUGCUGGUCCUCUCCACCUCACCUUCAGACUCCCUGUCACCUUUUCUUCUGGGUUCUACCCUCUUGCUGCAGUUUCCCUCCUGUCACAUGCUGAUGUUGGACUUAGCAGGCUCUGAGGGAGCACAUGAUCUCUCCCCACCAUGUCCUGCUCCCCCUACAAAGGCAGCUUUCUAGAGUCUGACACAGCCUCAGGCCCUAUAAGGACUUUUGGAUCUGGAAAGCCUAGGGGAAGGGCUGACAGACCCUGGGAUCAUUACCAGGCACCAGGGCACAUUAGGGUGGCCACACUGGGCCCCCAGACUGACCCCUCUUCAUGGAGGCACAGCCCCCGAGCCCCAGUGCUGGCCUGUUUGGGAGAGUUUAACAAUAAAUGUUGAUCAUG